GUGGCCGUGGCGGCGACGAGCGCUGGGUGUCGUGGGCUGCUUGUUUGGGUACCGCGGCUGUCGGUGACAUCGACCCUCCCGGCGGUUCCGAGGUGGGGCUCGCGCGGCCCUUUCGGAAUCGCUCCUCCCGGCAGGGCUCCACUGCCCCAGGUCCGACGCCCCGAGCGGCUGAAGAACGAAUGAAUGAGCGAGCGGGUGAACAACUACCUGGCACCAGUCUCUUAGUGACAGCCCUGCAGCGAGGAGCGGCGAGGGGCAGGGGACGCCAUGAACCGCACCAAGCCCCCGGCCGUGCGCAGGCCCAGCGCCGCGGCCAAGACCUCAGGGCACCCUCCGCCUGGGGACUUCAUUGCUCUGGGCUCCAAGGGUCAGGCCAGUGACUCGAAAUCGGGGUCUACCCUGCUGAAGCCUGCACCUUCUGGCUUGCCUUCCGAGCGCAAGAGGGAUGCUGCAGCUGCUGCCCUGGCUGGAGCCACAGCCCUGCCAGGCCUCACCAAACGCCCCAAACUAUCCUCCACGCCCCCUCUGAGUGCCCUGGGGCGUCUGGCCGAGGCUGCAGUAGCAGAAAAACGUGCUAUCUCUCCCUCAAUUAAAGAGCCAUCUGUGGUCCCAAUUGAAGUCCCGCCCCAGGCGCUGCUGGAUGAGGUGGAGGCGGCGGAGCUGGAGGGCAACGACGACAGGGUGGAGGGCGUGCUCUGCGGGGCCGUGAAGCAGCUGAAGGCCACACGGGCCAAGCCCGACAGCACCCUGUGCCUGAGCCUCAUGUACCUGGCCAAGAUCAAGCCCAACAUCUUUGCCACAGAAGGUGUCAUUGAGGCUCUCUGCAGCCUUCUACGUCGGGAUGCCUCCAUUAACUUCAAGGCCAAGGGGAACAGCCUGGUGUCUGUGUUGGCCUGCAACCUCCUCAUGGCUGCAUAUGAGGAGGACGAGAACUGGCCUGAGAUCUUUGUCAAGGUGUAUAUUGAAGACUCCCUGGGGGAGCGGGUCUGGGUGGACAGCCCGCACUGCAAGGCGUUUGUGGACAACAUCCAGACGGCCUUCAACACCAGGACGCCCCCCACGAGCAUGCUGCUGCAGGGGGAAGUGGGGCGCAGUGGAGGGGACCUCAGUGCAGGGAGCAGCCCACAUCCCUCGCUCACCGAGGAGGAGGACUGCCAGACGGAGCUCCUGAUCGCCGAGGAGAAGCUGAGCCCUGAGCAGGAGGGGCAGGUCAUGCCCAGGUACGAAGACCUCACGGAGAGCGUGGAGGAGUAUGUCCUGGAUGUGCUGCGGGACCAGCUCACCCGACGCCAGCCCAUCGACAAUGUCUCUCGGAACCUGCUGCGGCUGCUCGCCUCCACCUGUGGGUACAAGGAGGUGCGGCUCAUGGCCGUGCAGCGGCUGGAGAUGUGGCUGCAGAACCCCAAGCUGACACGGCCGGCGCAGGACUUACUUAUGUCUGUGUGCGUGAACUGCGGCACCCACAGCGCUGAGGACGUGGAUGUCAUCUCCCACCUGGUCAAGAUCCGUCUCAAGCCCAAAGUUCUCCUCAACCACUACAUGCUGUGCAUCAGGGAGCUGCUGAACGCACACAAGGACAACCUGGGCACCACCAUUAAGUUUGUGAUCUUCAACGAACUGUCCAACGCCCGGAACCCCAACAACAUGCAGAUCCUCUACACAGUGUUGCAGCACAGCUCUGAGCUGGCGCCCAGGUUCCUGGCCAUGGUGUUCCAGGACCUGCUUACCAACAAGGACGACUACCUGCGGGCCUCGCGGGCUCUGCUGCGUGAGAUCAUCAAGCAGACCAAGCACGAGAUCAACUUCCAGGCCUUCUGCCUUGGGCUCAUGCAGGAGCGCAAGGAGCCCCAGUAUCUGGACAUGGAGUUCAAGGAGCGGUUCGUGGUGCAUGUCACGGAUGUGCUGGCCGUGGCCAUGAUGCUGGGCAUCACGGCCCAGGUGAAGGAGGCUGGCGUCGCCUGGGACAAAGGGGAGAAGAAGAACCUGGAGGUGCUGCGCUCCUUCCAAAACCAGAUCGCCGCCAUCCAGCGGGACGCGGUCUGGUGGCUCCACACCGUCGUGCCCUCCAUCAGCAAGCUCGCCCCCAAGGACUACGUGCACUGCCUGCACAAGGUGCUCUUCACCGAGCAGCCGGAGACCUACUACAAGUGGGACAACUGGCCACCCGAGAGUGACCGCAACUUCUUCCUGCGUCUGUGCUCUGAGGUGCCCAUCCUGGAGGACACGCUAAUGCGUGUCCUUGUCAUCGGGCUGUCCCGCGAGCUCCCGCUUGGGCCUGCUGAUGCCAUGGAGCUCGCUGACCACCUAGUGAAGCGAGCAGCGGCUGUGCAGGCGGACGACGUGGAAGUGCUGAAGGUGGAGCGGGUCCAGCUGCUCGACGCUGUGCUGAACCUCUGCACCUACCACCACCCUGAGAACAUCCAGCUGCCCCCUGGGUACCAGCCCCCCAACUUGGCCAUCUCUACCCUUUACUGGAAGGCGUGGCCGCUCCUGCUGGUUGUCGCUGCCUUCAACCCGGAGAACAUUGGCCUGGCCGCCUGGGAGGAGUACCCCACACUGAAGAUGCUCAUGGAGAUGGUGAUGACCAAUAACUACUCCUACCCCCCGUGCACCCUGACGGACGAGGAGACCCGCACGGAGAUGCUGAACCGGGAGCUGCAGAUCUCCCAGCGGGAGAAGCAGGAGAUCCUGGCGUUCGAGGGGCACCUGGCAGCCGCGUCUACCAAGCAGACCAUCACCGAGAACAGCAGCCUCCUCCUGUCUCAGCUCACCAGCCUGGACCCGCAAGGACCUCCCCGAAGGCCGCCCCCUCACAUCCUGGACCAAGUGAAAAGCCUCAACCAGUCCCUGCGCCUCGGGCACCUGCUGUGUCGGAGCCGAAACCCGGACUUCCUCCUCAACAUCAUCCAGAGGCAGGCCUCGUCCCAGUCCAUGCCCUGGCUGGCCGACCUGGUGCAGGCCAGCGAGGGCUCCCUGGACGUGCUGCCCGUGCAGUGCCUGUGCGAGUUCCUGCUGCACGACGCUGCUGCCGCUGCCGCCGCAGAGGAGGAGGAGGAGGGCGGGAGCAAGGAGCUGAAGGCCAAGAAGCGGCAGAGGCAGCAGAAGCAGCGGCAGCUGCUGGGCCGCCUGCAGGACCUGCUGCUGGGCCCCAAGGCUGAUGAGCAGACCACGUGUGAGGUGCUGGACUACUUCCUGCGGCGCCUCGGCUCCUCCCAGGUGGCCUCCAGGGUGCUGGCCAUGAAGGGCCUGGCGCUAGUGCUGUCAGAGGGCGGCCUGCGGGACGGCGAGGAGAAGGAGGCGCCAGCGGGGGAGGACUCGGGGGAUGCGGAGGCCCUGCAGGGCUACCAGUGGUUGCUGCGCGACCUGCCCCGGCUGCCCCUGUUCCCCAGUGUCAGCGCUCCCGCUGCCCUGGCGCUGCAGCAGGCUGUGCACGUGGAGACCGACCCCCAGACUGUCAGUGCCUAUUUGGUCUACCUGUCCCGGCAUGCACCCGUUGGGGAGCAGGGCCAGCACAGCGACCUGGCCUUGGACGUGGCCCGGCUUGUGGUGGAGCGCUCCACCAUCAUGGCCCAUCUCUUCUCCAAGCGCUCCCGUGGCACCGAGUCCGACGCUGUGCUGGCUGCCCUGCUCUCCAUCUUCUCCCGCUAUGUCCGACGCAUGCGCAAGAGCAAGGAGGGGGAGGAGGUGUACAGCUGGUCGGAGUCACAGGACCAGGUCUUCCUUCGCUGGACCGGCGGGGAGGCGGCCACCAUGCACAUCUUGGUGGUGCAUGCCAUGGUCAUCCUGCUGACGCUGGGCCCGCCCCGUGCUGGCGACAGUGAGUUCCAGGCCCUGCUGGACGUCUGGUUUCCGGAGAAGAAGCCCCUGCCUACGGCCUUCCUGGUGGACACUUCGGAGGAAGCGCUGCUGCUCCCCGACUGGCUGAAGCUUCGCAUGAUCCGCUCUGAGGUCCCUCGGCUGGUGGACGCAGCCCUGCAGGACCUGGAGCCCCAGCAGCUGCUGCUGUUCGUGCAGUCCUUUGGCAUCCCCGUGUCCAGCAUGAGCAAGCUCCUGCAGUGCCUGGACCAGGCCGUGGCCCACGACCCCCAGACCCUGGAGCAGAACAUCAUGGACAAGAACUACAUGGCGCACCUGGUCGAGGUUCAGCACGAGCGAGGAGCGUCAGGAGGCCAGACUUUCCACUCGCUGCUCACAGCCUCCCUGCCUCCCCGGCGAGACAGUGUGGAAGCACCGAGACCCAGAAGCAGCCCAGAGCCACCUCCAGGCCAGGGCAGGGUCAGGGCCGGGACUCAGGUGCGGGUGCUCGGUCCGGAGGACGACCUGGCCGGCGUGUUCCUGCAGGUCUUUCCGCUCAGCCCAGGCCCCCGGUGGCAGAUCUCCAGUGCCCGCCCUGCUGCCUUGGCGCUGCAGCAGGCCCUGGGCCAGGAGCUGGCACGAAUCCGCCAGGGGACCCCCGAGGUGCCGGGCGUCGCAGUGCGCCUGCUGCAGGCCGUGGCCCCCCUGCUGAGCUCCCCACGUGGCGGGGCCCUGGUGGCAUCCAUGCAGCGCAGCCACUUCCUCGCCUGUCCUCUGCUGCGCCUGCUCUGCCAGUACCAGCGCUGUGUGCCCCAGGACACCGGCUUCUCGUCGCUGUUCCUCAAAGUGCUGCUGCAGAUGCUGCAGUGGCUGGACAGCCCCGGCGCGGAGGCUGGGCCUCUGCGGGCACAGCUCAAGCUGUUUGCCACCCAGUACUCGGCGCGACGCAGGAUCAGUGAUGUGCGCAGUGGGUUCCUGCACCUGGCCGAGGCCCUGGCCUUCCGUGGGGACGUGGAGGUGGUCAGCUCCACUGCCCGGUCCCUCGUCGCUGCCCUCCGGUCUGGGGAGAAGUGUGGCGUGGAGCCCGAGCUUGUAGACAAAGUCCUUCGGGGCCUGAUAGAGGUGCGGUCACCCUACCUGGAGGAGCUGCUGUCUGCCCUCUUCUCUGCCACCUCCACCUUCCCAGCCUCCAGGCCUGUCGCCGUGGUGAGCUCCCUGCUGCUGCAGGAGAAGGAGGAGCCCCCGGCUGGUGGGCAGCAGGACACCGACGGCGGCAGCCCAGAGGCCGUGUGGCUGGGACCUUGCUCAGGGCUCCUGGUGGACUGGCUGGAGAUGCUGGACCCCGAGGUGAUCAGCAGCUGCCCGGACUUGCAGCAGAGGCUCUUGUUCUCCCGGAGCAAGGGCAAAGGUCAGCCUGGCCCUCACGUGCCCACCUUUCGACCCUACCUCCUGGCCCUCCUCACGCACCAGUCCAACUGGUCCACGCUGCACCAGUGCAUUCGUGUCCUGCUGGGCAAGAACCGGGAGCACAGGUUCGACCCGUCAGCCUCUCUGGACUUCCUCUGGGCUUGCAUCCACGUGCCUCGGAUCUGGCAGGGACGGGACCAGCGCACCCCGCAGAAGCGGAGGGAGGAGCAGGUGCUGCGUGUCCUGGCCCCCGAGCUCGUCGGCCUGGUGGAGCUGAUCCUGGCAGAGGCGGAGGCCAGGAGCCAGGAUGGGGACUCCGCGGCCUGCAGCCUACUCCAGGCCCGGCUGCCCCUGCUGCUCAGCUGCUGCCGUGGGGACGACGACAGCGUUAGGAAGGUGACUGCGCACCUGAUGGGCUGCAUCCACCAGUGGGGCGACAGCGUGCUGGGCCAGCGCUGCCGGGACCUGCUCGUGCAGCUCUACCUGCAGCGGCCGGAGCUCCGCGCACAUGCGCCCGAGGCCUUGCUGCACAGCGUGGGCGCCACCGCCAGCAGCAUCUGCAAGCUGGAUGUCCUCAUACACCGCUUCAUCAUUCUCCUCGCCGACACCAGCGACUCGCGGUCAUCCGAGAGCCGUGUGGCCGAUGCCAACAUGGCCUGUCGGAAGCUGGCUGUGGCCCACCCCAUCCUGCUGCUCAGGCACCUGCCCAUGAUUGCUGCUCUCCUGCACGGCCGCACCCACCUCAACUUCCAGGAAUUUCGCCAGCAGAACCACCUGACCUUCUUCCUGCAUGUACUGGGCGUACUGGAGCUGCUGCAGCCGCAGGUGUUCCAGAGCGAGCACCAGGGGGCGCUGUGGGACUGCCUGCUCUCCUUCAUUCGCCUGCUCCUGAACUACAGGAAGUCCUCCCGCCACCUGGCCCCCUUCCUCAGCAAGUUCGUGCAGUUCACCCACACGUACAUCACACGCAGCCCCGCGGCCGCUGUGGCCUUCCUGCAGAAGCAUUCUGAUGCGCUCCACGACCUGUCCUUCGACAGCAGUGACCUGGUGAUGCUGAAGUCCCUCCUCGCGGGGCUGAGCCUGCCUAGCAGGGAUGGCCGCGUGGACCAAGGCCUGGACGAGGAGGGUGAGGAUGAGAGCUCAGCCGGCUCCCUACCCCUGGUCAGUGCCUCCCUCUUCACACCUCUGACCACGGCCGAGGUGGCCCCCUACAUGAAGAGGCUUUCCCGAGGCCAGACUGUUGAGGACCUGCUGGAAGUCCUGAGCGACAUAGACGAGUUGUCCCGCCGGAGACCUGAGGUCCUGGGCUUCUUCUCGACCAACCUGCAGCGGCUCAUGAGCUCCGAGGAGGAGUCCUGCCGCAACCUGGCCUUCAGCCUGGCCCUGCGCUCCAUCCAGAAUGACCCCAGCAUUGCGGCCGACUUCCUGCCCACCUUCAUGUACUGCCUGGGCAGCCGGGACUUCGAGGUGGUGCAGACGGCCCUCAGGAGCUUGCCGGAGUACACCCUCCUCUGCCAGGAGCACGCAGCGGUGCUGCUGCACCGGGCCUUCCUGGUGGGCAUGUACGGCCAGGUGGACACCAGCGCCCAGAUCUCUGAGGCCCUGCGGAUCUUGCACAUGGAGGCAGUGAUGUGAGCCUGCCGGGGUCGCCGCACGCCAGCUCUGGGCCCCUUGACUUGCCCGCCAGGGUCCCUGGACCAAGCCCGGAGGCCUCCGGUUCGCCAAGACUUCCCCACCCACAGCUGGCGGCGAUGGGGAUCUGUCCACCAGUCGUCGCCCUGCCUGCGGGGACAGGGACAUGGGGGGCGGCUAUCCCCAGUGAGGGGCGGUGUCAAAUGAAGCAUUCUCAACUCGA